CCUCUUUGUCUGACAUCUUAGCCAGGCUGCAGAGGUUGCAGCUGCUCUCCGGGCUUCUCUAUGCCGCCCAAGGACGACAAGAAGAAGAAAGAUGCCGCAAAGUCGGCCAAGAAAGACAAAGAUCCAGUGAACAAAUCUGGGGACAAGGCCAAAAAGAAGAAGUGGUCCAAAGGCAAAGUUCGGGACAAACUCAAUAACCUAGUCUUGUUUGACAAGGCAACAUAUGACAAACUCUGUAAAGAAGUUCCCAAUAAGCUUAUAACUUCAGCUGUCGUCUCUGAGAGACUGAAGAUUCGUGGUUCCCUGGCCAGGGCAGCCCUUCAGGAACUCCUUAGUAAAGGACUUAUUAAACUGGUUUCAAAGCACAGAGCUCAAGUGAUUUACACCAGAAACACCAAGGGUGGAGAUGCUCCAGCUGCUGGUAAAGAUUCGUGAACCUGGGGCUCCUAUACGAAGUAUACAUCCCCUUCACAAGGGUCUAUAGUUCUGAUUUGAUUUUUUUUUUUUCUUUUUCUAAACAGUUCCCACCAGCUGUACAUUUUGAAAAAUAAAACUUUAUUAAAUCAAAA